ACGUGAUAUAUCACAUGACUUAGCCAAAAUGGUGGCUCUCUCUGUGGUCCUGGUUGCGAUAGUUGUAUGUUUGAUUACUUAUUGGUUUUACAAGCAGGAAAAGAUCAGACGAAAUGCUGAUAAACUUGGAGGUCCAAAGUCACUCCCAAUUAUUGGUAAUGUUCAUCAGCUUAGAAGAAAGCCCAAAGAAUUUACAGAGCAGCUUUAUGAAAUGAUAAACGAGUAUGGGCCCAAAGGUGUCUUCAGACUUAUGAUUGGAGGACAUCCGUUGGUACUUGUUUGCAGCCCUGAAGAGGCAGAGCCUCUAAUGAAUAGCUCUAAACACUUGGACAAGUCAACAGACUACAACUAUCUUCACCCCUGGUUGGGAACAGGACUUCUUACAAGCACAGGUGAUAAAUGGAAGAUUAGACGUAAACUGUUAACUCCAUCAUUUCACUUCAAAAUUCUUCAUGACUUUGUGGCUGUGUUCAAUGACCAAUCAAAAGUUCUUCUGAACAUUCUAAAAAAGAAAGCCGAUGGUGUGUCAACUGUUGAUGUGUUUAAUGAUAUAACUCUUUGUGCCCUCGAUAUCAUAUGUGAAACUGCUAUGGGAAAAUGUGUAAAUGCACAGAAGGAUAGGAACUCUGAAUAUGUCAAGGCAGUGUAUCAAGCAUCAGAGAUCACAUUUCUCAGACAACGAUCUCCAUGGAUGUGGCCAGAGUUUCUGUUUGACUUGGUCGGACCGGGGAAAGAUUACAAGAAAUGUCUGUCUAUCCUUCAUACAUUCACAGAGAAGGUGAUUAUAGAAAGACAAGCAGAUUUUGCCAAGCAACAUAAUAAUAAGAUCACUAUGGAAGAACUUCUAGAUGAACAAGAUAUUGGCAGUUUCCUUGGUAACAGAAGAAGAUUAGCUUUUCUUGAUAUGCUUCUAUGUGCAACAGCUGACAACCAAAAACUCUCUUUUCUUGAUAUCAGAGAGGAAGUGGAUACUUUCAUGUUUGAGGGCCAUGACACUACAGCAAUGGCAGCAAAUUGGGCUGUACAUCUGAUUGGAACUGAUCCGGAUGUCCAGGAGAAAGUGCAUCAGGAAUUAGAUAAAAUAUUUGGAAAGAGUGACAGAAAUGCUACUAUGGAUGAUCUAAAGGAGAUGAAAUACCUGGAGUGUUGUAUCAAGGAAGCUUUAAGGAUAUUCCCAUCUGUACCAGUGUUUGGAAGAAGCCUUACUGAAGAUACAAAAAUUGGUGGUGUUAUGAUUCCAAAGGAAACAAGUGCUUUGAUUGUACCUGCUGCCAUUCACAGAAUUGAGUCCAUAUAUCCAGAUCCAGAUAAAUUUGAUCCAGACAGAUUUCUACCAGAGAAUACUGUGUCACGGCAUCCAUUUGCCUACAUACCUUUCUCAGCCGGUGCCAGAAACUGUAUAGGUCAGAAAUUUGCUAUCAUGGAAGAGAAAGUAAUGUUAUCAAGCAUAUUUCGUAACUUCUCUGUGAAGAGUAUGCAGACGAGGGAAGAGUUGUGUCCCCUGGCAGAGCUGAUAUUGAGGCCAGGAGAGGGUAUCAAUGUCAUUCUUACUCCAAGACAUAGGGAAACAGAUGUUUAAAUUGGCUAUAAAAUUUUCUGAACAUUAGUAAUGAACAUUAGUAGAACUAAUUUUUUGUAUUAUGGUAAUUUUAUAUUUGCUAGUCACAGGGUAGUUAUUGACAGUAAUAAUUAAAACAUUUGAUGGUCAAAGUAUUAAAACUGCUGGUAGUUUUGAAGUAGAUCAUUUUGUAAUUUAAAUCAUUUUGUCACACAUGGGACUAGAUAUAACAGGACAAGCAACUUGAUAUUUGCCCUGUGUUAGUUUUUCAACCAAUAAGGGGCACACACCACAAAUUUGUCUUGCUAAUAGUUGUGAAAGGGUAUUUUUAUUUUUUGUCUGUAAUAUAAAUUAUGCUCUGAAUAAGAGAAAUCAUCAGAUUGUAACAGUCCUUUUUAAUAUAAAUUGUCUUAACAUGAUGUUAUAAAUCAAUGUAAUUUUUGUUUAUAAGAAUGACAUAAAUAUUUGAUACCAGGCUUAUCGAUAUAUCGGAUGUCAAUUCCAUGCCUUCUAUAUCAGACCUCUUACCUAGACUUUAGUUGCUUGUCCUACUAUAUUAAGUCUCAGAUAUUGGGCAUUGUUGUUAAAAAAGAUAUAUAUGUCUAACUUACAGGUAUUAUUGUUGUUUUCUACAAAAAUGUUGCUUAUACAUCUAGUAAUUGUUCUCUAUCUAUUCAUAUAACAUUGAGUAGAUAUUGAACUGUUCCUCACUGUGUUCUUUUUCUAAAAGAGUUGUGAUAAUAAGUCACGACAAAACCAACAUAAUGGGUUUGCGACCAGCAUGAAUCCAGACCCGUCUGCGCAUCCGGGCAGUCUGAUCAGGAUCCAUGCUGUUUGCUUACAGACCCUAUAACAAGUAGAGAAACUGAUAGAGAAUAGCAUGGAUCCUGAUCAGACUGCACGGAUGCGCAGGCUGGUCUGAUACCAUGCUGGUCGCAAACCCAUUAUGUUGGUUUUGUUGUGACGUGGCUCAAUUAUUUUGUAAAACUGAUCAUGUAAAGUCGGAAUAAGUUGAUUUUUCAACAAUUAUUUUUUUUUUUUACUUUGUUAGAUUGAAUUAUAUUGUAAUUAGUAAUUUUAGAUAUUAUAUUGAGCUAUUUGACAAAAUGUUAUAAAACUUUUGUAUGUUACAUAUCAGAAUUAUCAUGUCUCAAUUUGAAAAAAAUUAGUACUAAGAUCAUGUAAGACAGCUGGCUUUUAUUUUCAGUCUGAUAAGACUUUACCUUUGGCUGCUUUAUUUAAGCAAUUUAAUAUUGAAAUCCUUAAAAUUAGCAAUGAACCAUUCCAAUUUCAAAGAAGGGCAAGUUCAUUAAACAAAUAGGGAGCAUGCUUGAAUUGAAUGUUAAAUGGGCAAAUGAUAUAUUUCCCUACUUAUAAGGAAUUUGACUGACAUAGUAAAACAGUAAAUUACAGUAUGUAUGAUACUGGACAAAUUACCAUAAAACAGUAUAAAUUACCAUAAAAUAGGACAAAUUACCAUAAAACAGGAAAAAUUUAUAUUAAAACAGGACAACUUCUGGUAAAACAGGACAAAUUAAAGUAAAACAAGUUAAAUAACUUAAAACAGUACUAAUUAUAGUAAAACAAGACAAAUUUCAUUAAAAUGGGAUAAAUUACAGUAAAGCAGGACAUUUUAGUAAAUUGGGAUAAUUUUAUAAUAUGGUAAAACAGGACAAUUACAGUAAAACAGGGUAAUUAUAGUAAACCAGGAUCAAAAGCAGUAUAAAAGGGCAACAGUAUUAGAAUUUGAAGUUUUAUUAAUUAUAUGGUAAUUGCUUUAAAUUGCUAUAAGUUUAUGUAUAGAUCUUUCUGCAUUAGGUUAGGUAAUCCAAACAUUAUUUUGUUUGCUGAUCUUUUUGUUAAAAUGUACAUUAUAUGACAGUAUAUUCUACAUUAUAUGACAGUAUAUUCUACAUGUAUAUAGUGACAUAAACAAAAGUAUUGUUUUAGACAAUGAUAUGUUUUAUAUUGACAUGAAAUUGUUUUUCUUUUGAUGUUGUACUUGAAUUAUAUCAAACAACAUGACAGAUUCAUUGUGUAUUGUUAAUUACAGUUCUAAAUAUAAACAUUUGAAUUUUAGAUGAAAAAGAAAAUAUUUUAAUUAAUUAACAUAUUUAAUUGUUAUUGUAUGCAUAACAGAUGAUUAUAUUAUUGUUAUCUGAUAAAGGUUGACAUGCUAGAAGGUUUGAUUGAUUUAUCUUUAUAAA